GCCGCAGCGGGGGCGGAGGUACGGACGGCAGAUAAUAUUUAAGAUGCUGAGUCUGUAGGGUGUUCAGGGAAAGGAAGGAAAGGUACAGGGAGCCCAAUUAACCUGCACUUUCAAACUCAAGCUUUGAGAAAGGCUCCGAAAGAGCCCAGGACGAGAAAGCAAGAACGUGGGGAGCCCACCCAGAGAGAAAGUGCCAACUCGUCAUUUGCUCCGGCUUUUGCAGACCUCAGCUGGGCAUCUCCAGAUCCCCAGAAGGAAGAGCCUUCCUCACCCAGGCCCAGGAAAGAUGCUGAAAAAGACUCUCUCGGUGGUGACCUGGCUCUGCAUUUUCAUCACGGCCUUUGUCAGCCACCCAGUGUGGCUGCAGAAGCCCCCGAAACGCAGGACCCCUGCGCAGCUCAAAGUGGCCGCCUGCUGUGAGGAGGCCAAGGAGCUCAGGGCCCAGAUGGCCAACCUAAGCAGCCUGCUGAGUGACCUGAGCCAGAAGCAGGAGAGGGACUGGGUCAGCGUGGUCAUGCAGGUGAUGGAGCUGGAGAGCAGCACCAAGCGCAUGGAGUCGCGGCUCAUGGACGCCGAGAGCAAGUACUCAGAAAUGAACAACCAGAUCGACAUUAUGCAGCUGCAGGCAGCCCAGACUCUCACCCAGACCUCAGCAGAUGCCAUCUACGACUGCUCGUCCCUCUACCAGAAGAACUACCGCAUCUCUGGAGUGUACAAGCUGCCUCCCGACGACUUUCUGGGCAGCCCCGAGCUGGAGGUGUACUGUGACAUGGAGACGUCCGGCGGUGGCUGGACCACCAUUCAGAGACGGAAGAGCGGCCUCGUCUCCUUCUACCGGGACUGGAGGCAGUACAAGCAGGGUUUUGGCAAUAUCCGUGGGGACUUCUGGCUGGGGAACGACCACAUCCACCGGCUGUCCCGACGGCCGACCCGGCUACGCGUGGAGAUGGAGGACUGGGAGGGCAGCAUGCGCUACGCGGAGUACAGCCGCUUCGCCCUGGGCAAUGAACUCAACAGCUACCGCCUCUUCCUGGGAAACUACAGUGGCAACGUGGGGAACGACGCACUCAUCUACCACAACAACACGGCCUUCAGCACCAAGGACAAGGACAACGACAACUGCUUAGAUAAGUGCGCGCAGCUCCGCAAAGGUGGCUACUGGUACAACUGCUGCACAGACUCCAACCUCAACGGAGUGUACUACCGCCUUGGGGAGCACAAAAAGCACCUGGACGGCAUCACCUGGUACGGCUGGCAUGGGUCUAGCUACUCCCUCAGACGGGUGGAGAUGAAGAUCCGCCCGGAAGACUUCCAGCCCUAAGUGGAGGCCUGCUGUGGGGCAGCCCUGGGAAAAUGGAGACACACAGAGGCCGGGUGAGGGCGGGGAAAGGCAGGAAGUGGGGAGAGAAAGGUAGGGAUGGAAAUUGGCCUACAAUCACCAAUGAGAGGUUCAGGCUCUGAGGAGCACAAUCAAAUUUAGGUACAAGGG